AUUGUGGAAAAACAGAGCGGGCAGAGGAGAGAAAGAGAGAGAGAGAGGGUGGGGGGCUUGACUGGGAGGCUGAGGAGGACCGUGGACCUGAACGCAGAAGAAGAAGCAGCAGCAGCAUCACAAGAAGAAGAAGAAGAAGAAGAAGAAGAAGAAGGGUCAUCAUCCGACACUUGCUCAUCACUGACCGCUCAGGUCAGCAGCAACAGAGCCUGGGGUUCCUGUGGUUUCCUCCCACUGUGGAUAUACUGCGGGGAGAAAGAAGAGGCAAAGCCCUGAAGGAUUUAAUAGCUUCAGAUGUGCUUAGGCGUGGAGAGAAAGCAGCUUAUAGGGUGUUGAGAAAGUGGGGAAUGUGCCAGUGGUGUAAAGAUAGUGAUUUCCAGCAUUUCAGCAGACAGCUCCUUAUCUGUCCAAUGGGGAUCAAGUCGUUACAAAGAGGCCUGAGCUGGCAUUCAGUGGCCGUGUGAAUGAUUACAGGUGUUCUUCCCCUCAUCUCCUCUGGCCUGACCGACCCACCAGCCCGUCACCAUGAACUACCUUCGCCGGCGUCUGUCAGACAGCAGCUUUGUGGCUAACCUACCCAAUGGCUACAUGAUGGAUCUGCAGAGGCCGACCCCUCCAGGUUCAUCCACGUCUUCUCCCGCUUCCCCGGCCACAGAGAGGAGACAGCCGCCCAGCAUCCCGAGCCAGACCCAGGGCUCGACCUCAGGCUCGGCCUCAGGCUCGGCUUCAGGCGCAGGGAGCUUCCUCAGCUCCUUCUCCAGCGUGGUGAAGAGCGCCCAGAUGGCCCAGAACGUUGCAGCCGCAGCACACGCUAAAUCAGCUGCUGCAGCAACAGCUGCUGAAGGAGGAAGCAGUCAGCCACCCAAACCUGUCAUACGCAAGCCCAAGAUCCUGCUGGUCAUCGAUGAUCAGCACACAGACUGGGCGAAGUAUUUCAGAGGCAAGAAGCUGAAUGGAGAGUAUGACAUCCGCGUAGAACAGGCGGAGUUCUCAGAGAUCAACCUGGCCUCCUACGUCAACUCAGGAUGUAUGGUGGAUAUGCAAGUCAACAAGGGUGGCACCAAAGUGGUCAGGUCCUUCAAGCCCGACUUUGUCCUGAUUCGCCAGCACGCCUACAGCAUGAUCCCAGGAGAGGACUUCAGGAACCUUGUAAUUGGCCUGCAUUUUGGUGGCGUCCCCAGCAUCAACUCUCUCUUCUCCAUCUACAACUUCUGCAGCAAACCUUGGGUGUUUUCUCAGAUGAUUAAGCUCUACCACUCCCUUGGUCCUGAGAAAUUUCCCCUGAAUGAACAAACCUUCUAUCCCAACCACACACAGAUGGUUACAGCCCCUUCCUACCCUGUGGUGGUGAAGAUGGGCCAUGCGCACGCCGGCAUGGGAAAGAUCAAAGUUGAAAACCAACAGGACUUCCAGGACAUCACUAGCGUGGUGGCUUUGGCCGGGACCUAUGCCACUACCGAGCCCUACGUCCAGUCCAAGUAUGAUAUCCGUAUCCAGAAGAUCGGCAACAACUACAAGGCUUACAUGAGAACAUCCAUCUCUGGCAAUUGGAAGGCUAACACAGGCUCUGCCAUGUUGGAACAGAUUGCCAUGACUGACAGAUACCGGCUGUGGGUGGACUCCUGUGCUGAGAUGUUUGGUGGCCUUGACAUCUGUGCAGUGAAGGCUGUCCACGGAAAAGAUGGCAAUGACUAUAUCAUUGAGGUGAUGGACAGCUCCAUGUCUCUGAUUGGUGAACAUGUGGAGGAAGAUAAACAGCUGAUCACAGAGCUAGUCAUCAACAAGAUGGCGCAGGUUCUGCUGGGAGUUUCCACACCUCAGCCAUCCUCUGUUAAGACCACACAGCCCAGACGAGGGGGACACCGCUCUGCCUCCGCCUCUCCCUCCCAGUCAGCCCAGGGUUCACCACAGCGAGCCCGGUCAGCCAACACCUCACCCAGUCAGGCCUUCCAGCCUGGGCCCAUCCCCACCGCCGGACCUGGGGCUCAGAAACAGUCACCACAGCUAAACAAAUCCCAAUCGCUGACCAACACCUUCACAGAGACGUUACGAGGAAACGUGACCGACGACGAGGCCAAAGCUGAGACCAUCCGCAGCCUCCGACAGUCCUUUGCCAGCCUCUUCUCCGACUAAGAGCCUCUUCAGACGCUUCUGCUUUCUGUCAGUUGUCAGGUUAAAAGAAAAACCUGACUGGUUAAUCUGUUAAGGAGUCUCCUUCCUCCUCACAGCCUCAGCUUCCUGUUAUUUUUCUUUCCUAAGUAUUUGUGAAGUUUAACACCUGCUGUCCACAGAUAAAUUUACCACUUGAAAGGCCAACUGAUUUUAGGUGUCCGAGACAAAGGCCACCAAGCUGUUGACUGAAGAUGUCAAAUAUAGUCAUCACCUGUAUUUCCUCUGGUGAUUUAUGAACAGACACACAGAGGGUAGGUGUUGGAAAAAACCAUGUAAAGGUAUUGUUAAACUGACAUAUUUGUCUUCCUUACAGGAGAUUCUUAGAGAUGUAGGAGGUCACCUCAAAGUCAGAAUCAAACCAAACCCCAUUUAAAUUUCUGUUACUUUUACUCAGAUUGAUUGUCCUGUCUGUUUCUUCUCUGCUGUUCAUACCAGUUAAGACCAGAUGAAGAAAUAGAUCCAUAUAAGCAUCAGUCCAGCCUUUCUCUUGUUAAAUCUUUGCAGACAUGGAACUGCAACCCACUCCUUAUACCCAUAAUCCCUUGUGUUUUUAUUGAACGGCACUGAAGGGCUCAUGGUAGGAGGAGAGCCUAUUUCAGAAAGAAUCAACCCAAACAUGUGACUGAUCCCUAAAACUAAGAUCAGCAGUCAGAUAUUAACAACUUGGCCUUUCUAGUGGUAAAUAAUUACAGUAAAUAAUCAUAAUCUAGCUCGUACUGCUUGGGAUAUUGUCGUUAUUCUGCAUUCAGUUUGUCCAACCAGUGAAACUGUUUAUUAUCUGGUCAUGUUUGAUUUGUCUAUAUAUAUAUAUUUAUUUAUAAUUCAUUUAAAUUAUUUAAAUUGACAUGCAGCUUCCGAAACAUUUGCAGAUGUCUACGGCAAUAUUCUUAUCUUAAACUGUUCCAGUUAACUUAUGAGAAAUGUACUGAAUCCUCACAGCUCACCAGCGAUUCUGAGCAUCUUGCCAGCAGCCACAUUUCUCAGACAUCCGUGUGCUGUAGACACAUAUUGGCUUACGUAGUGACUCCUCUACCUUGGCCUGACAUUACCAAAGUGCUUUUUAAUAAAACCGAAAAAAAAAAAUCCCCCACGCACUGGGUCAAGAAAACAAUCACACAGCUAAUCAACCUUUGAGCUUGUGAUUUCACAAGGUGCAAAUGCUGUACUGGCUUACAGCCAUCGUCUUCCAUCACAGCUCAGAUCUUCUCCUCCAGUCCUUCUUUUUUCGUUAUUUAGUGUGUUGUGCUUUGUGAAUAGCACUACGGAAUAUUUUUUGUGGGGGAUUUGUAUCAUACCUACUAUUGCUGUGUGUUUUAAGGCGAACAAUGAGGACGUAAUAUUUAGAGACUUUUAAAGAACCUAAAUUUCCACUGAGAAAGAAGAGGUUUGGUUGUAUAACAUCGCAGCCUAUAACUUUAUUCUCUACUACUAAUGAGACUGCAGAUAAUUUAUCAUUGAAAGUGUUCAUUUUCAUCUUGGUCAAAUGAUGUGUAUGCAACAUCUGCAGUGGUAGCAGCAAAAGCAGACAGCCUCUUCAAAUAUUCAUCCUGCUUUGGAACUGCAUGCAAAUGUUUAGUGAAUGUUGUAGAGUCGAAUUGGUAUUUCCUAACAGAAACCCACCACAAGCUUGUGAUCUUAAGUACUCUUUAAAGCAGCAAAACCAAUAGUAACACUUUAUUUUAUGGGUCCCAAUAUUUCUUCAUAAUAAUUCCAGGAAGUUUCCUGUAAAGGACUGUUUAAUUUGGUGCAAAUUCUAGCAAAGAUAUAGACAAUGUUCUGAGAAAGUACUCAUAGUAAGUAUCCAGAAAAAUGAAACGAUGUAGUAGUUGCUUUGUUUAGCACAGUUUCAGGCGGUUGUUGAUUCCCUCCAAAGAAAGGCAUCGCUACAUUAAAUUGAUGCUCCAAGUUAGUUAGUAACGCCUCAACAUUUUGACUUUAUGUAUUCGUCAGUAAUAGCAUAACUGAUGAAAACAUAUUGUCUACAAAUUGUAGUAAAUUUGUAACAAAUUGUAGUAAAUUGUAUUUUUUUGCCUUCUUUCUGAAGCACCUGAUACAGUAUUGAGACAUGCGUACAUUAUGUUGUAGCCAUCACUUUUUUCAGUCAUUAUUAACUGUCACUGACUGAAGAUACAUUUGGAUACAUAUAAAUAUUCCUUUAUUUAAUGGAAAUCUUAUUUUCCAAUUUUGUAUAUAAAACUACUGUACUUUAGUAAAAGAAAAAACUUAAACGUACACCAACUAUAAAUACUGUCUCCUUUUUCUUUAUAAUUAGCACCAAAUUAAGUUUUUUCAAGGAACCUUCCUAAAAACACAUACAGGUACAUAUCAUAAAAUUACUAUUACUAUAUUAUUAUAAGGGAACAGCAAGGGCCCAUAAAGAAAACUGUUAUAAAAUAAACAAAAAAAAAAACCAGGAGUGACUCUAUCUUCAGAUUUCUGUGCAGAGCACAAUAACAAUCAGUUUAUGGCUCUUUUUGCUGGAAAAUUAUCAACAUCUCUGUAAUUCCUGAAUAAACCUAGAUUACUUUUUUAUAUUUGAUUCAGAGAAAGUUAGUGUCAUUAGGUGUCAGAGUGACUGAAAUAUCAGUGUGACUUCAGUUUCUUUUUACAAAGAGGACAUGAAUAUACUACUGGUUGACAUGCAGUUUAAAUGGACCUGUCAUUAAUCCAAAGUCUGAAGUUCUUAUAGUUCUUUUUAAAGUAAUACAAUUGUUAAUAAUAAUAACAACAACCAUAACAAUAAUGAUGAUAAUAAUAAUAAUAAUCAUAAAAAUAAUAUGGACCCUUUUUAAGGUAAAUAUAAUUUAAAUGCAUGAAGCUGUAUAAAAUGUAUGGUGGUGUGUGUGGGUGUGUAUGUGUGUGUGUGUGUGUGUGUGUGUGUGUGUGUAUAGUUGUAAAUUAGCCAUUAUGAUUAAUAAUGACUACAACAAAAAAUAGAAAAACUGCCCAUAUUUGCAAUAAUUAUGUUAAUAAUAAUUGUUAGGUUUUCAUGCAAGUUUGAUUUAAAACCUUGAAGCUUAAAACUUUGCCUUUCAGUCUCACUGGCAGUGACAUGAAAAACUUACAGCACUACUUCAACAUUUUGGGAAAUACGCCUAUUUGCUUUCUUGCUGAGAGUUAGAUAAGAAGAUUGUUACGACUCUUAGCU